AUGGCGCCAGGGGUGACCCAUGCAGACGACUUAGCCUACCUCUUCAACUUGAGAGGGUUUCAGCUCACUCGCGCUCCUGACCUUGCCCUCAGAGAUCUCUUCACUAAACUUUGGACCAACUUCGCCGAUACUGGGAACCCAACGCCAGACUCAUCUUUGGGUUUCAUCUGGGAACCUACCACAGAAGCUCACCUGCAGCAUCUGGUCCUGUCUCCUUCACCUUUCAUGCAGAACGACACCAGACGUCAGCAACAGCGGCAGCGGCAGCAGCGACUUCCAAGCUCCGUACUUUUCUCCAACUACCAGAGCUACCAAUGCUCCUAUGAUGACCUAGCUACAAACAAAACUGCACUACCCAACGUAGCACCCAGAAUAACCAAAGAUUACCAACAGUGAAACCUACAAAUCGAAAAUAAUAGAGAUCAAAGGAAGACCGCACACAAACCGAAAGCAACACCCCGCUGCCAGCCGAACAACGUAACCCUAAGCUUUGUAUACUACAACUUCUUCUUAACUACAACAAUUCCUGUAGUAUUAUGAGGCGCAAUCUAAGAGGAAACAGCACCAAGGCCAGCAAGAAAACACCGAAAAAUCAACUAUUCAACAAGUGUAGCCAGGAGGACGCCGGCUCAGCAACCACCCCACUCACCACCACUCAAGGCCGCACCACAACAAUAACAACAAACAUGGCUGCCACCAGCCCAUCCUCCCCUCUCUUCCCCGGAUUCAACCUACCAAGUAGUCUCUCAGGUAACCAUGCUUCCGGCUUCUCCCUCAAUGGUGCGGCGAUUUUCGGAUUGCCCGCCCAGCCCACGUCGGACCAACUCCGGUCCCGCACCUAAACCCCCAAGAUCAUUACCUGAUGAUACUACUCCUCUUCUCAUUCUGCCCAGAAAAGACCGGACAGGAAAAGGACACUGGCUGCAGAUCAUUCUUACUACUUGCUACUCUUGGUCUGGAUUAUAAAAAAAAAUCUCCUGUGCUUGAUACUGCAACACGUUGUCCCAGUAAAAGCUUGUUUUCCAGCUAGUCUUUAUUUUUACCAUGUGGAUCCUUCUUAAAAGUGCUCCAACCACUGAUCUAGGAGCUGCACAAGUGUGUCAGGAAAAUGUUGCUGCGUUCACCACUGAUAAGAAUGAGUCCAUUUUGGUCAAAUUCUUUCACUCUUGUAAAAAUCAACCACAACACUGAUGAAAAAACCACUGUUUUGACUGAAUGUUACAGAGCCUACCACAUCACAUGAUGGGAUAUGACGGCAUAUGAUGGUAUAUGUCGGUAUAUGAUGGUACGUGAUGGUAUAUAAGAACAUAAGAAAGAAGGAAGACUGCAGCAGGCCUACUGACCCAUGCGAAGCAGGUCCAAGUGAACCCCCUAGAAGUUGGAAGUGCUCCUUCCUUUAGUGGAAGGGACCUAGUCAGGUCACUUCCAUUUAAGGAAGGAGCACAGCAUCAGACCUAGUAGAACAAGCUAGUCAGGUCCAACUCGCACCCACCCACACCCAUCGUGUAUUUAUCUAACCUAUUUUUAAAAUUGCACAAUGUUUUCGCUUCUAUGACGGUACUCGGGAGUUU